UCGCUGUGGAUCAUUCACGCCGACGAGAAGAAGCCCGCAUCUCUUGGCCGCGACGGUGCUUGCAGCAGCAGGUGAUAACCUGAGUCCCCGAGCCCGGCACCGGAGGGCGAGAUGAACGCGCUGGCCUCCCGAGCCGUCCAGAUCUGCGAUCGCUGGUGGCACCCCGAGCCGGCGCUCUUGCCCCCCGGGUGACGCGCAGCCCCGAGUCGCCCAGACAGAUGGCCCCAGGCCAAGUACCCCAUCAGCCUGCCCCCUGGAGGGAUACCUACGCCUUUUUCCUCCUAUCCCCGCUGAUGGGCCUUCUCAGCAGGGCCUGGAGCCACCUGAGGGGCCCAGGACCUCCAGAACCCUGGCUGUUGGAAGCAUUAACCGGAAGCCAUCCGGGAGAAGCUGGCCUGGGGGGAGAAGCUAAGACAUUUCCCGCCACCUGCCAUGCCCCCUGGGGCAGGUACUUUCAAGGGGAGACUGGAGACAGUGGAGCAGCUGAGGAUGAUGAAGUGUUCUGGGAGGCCUGCCAUGAUCUAAAAGCCAACAGUUCUCCUCUUGAAGCCUGGGAGUUUUCAGAGGAUGAUGAAGAGUAUGGUGGGGAACAAGCAACUAGUGUCCCUAAAGAGCAGGGAAGUGAAUUUAUAGAUGGCCAGCCUGCUUCCUUGUCCCCCAGCCUUCUGGUAAGAGCCCUGCAAGAACCUCCUGGAGAGGAGAAAUCUGAGGAAGGAGCUGCGGAAGUUGAAGUGGUCACGUUCUUCUCUUUUCCACCAGGGGAGGAGGAGGAAGAGGAGGGAGAAGCUGUAAACAAAGAAGCUGCCAGAAGCCCUACUGCCCCUUUAUCUCCAGGAUCCAAGCCCAAAGCUUGGGUGUACUGUGCUGGGGAGGAAGAGGAUCAAGCCACAGAGGAAAAAAGAACAGAGAAUAAAGAAGUCAUAAAGAACUCCGUUUCCCCCUCAUUUUCAGGCUUUCACCCCAGGGCCUGGGAGUGUUGUUCAGGAGAGGAAUCUGAGGAGGAGGAAGAUGAAUUCAGUGAUUCAGGAGCAGCUGAGGAGGAGGGAGAAGCUGAGGGUCCCUCUUCCAUCCCCUCCACAAGUGCCCUUGUGAGGGCCUGGGUGUUUCGACCAGGAGAGGACACAGAGGAAGAAGAUGAGGACAGUGAUUGGGGAGCAGCUGAGGAGGAGGGAGAAGCUGAGGGUCCCUCUUCCAUCCCCUCCACAAGUGCCCUCUUGAGGGCCUGGGUGUAUCGACCAGGAGAGGACACGGAGGAAGAAGAUGAGGACAGUGACUGGGGAUCAGCUGAGGGUCCCUCUUCCAUCCCAUCUACAAGUGCCCUUGUGAGGGCUUGGGUGUAUCGACCAGGAGAGGACACAGAGGAAGAAGAGGACAGUGAUUGGGGAGCAGCUGAGGAGGAGGGAGAAGCUGAGGGUCCCUCUUCCAUCCCAUCCACAAGUGCCCUCGUGAGGGCUUGGGUGUAUCGACCAGGAGAGGACACAGAGUUAGAAGAUGAGGACAGUGAUUGGGGAGCAGCUGAGGAGGAAGGAGAAGCUGAGGCCACAGAUACCUUUUCAAGGGCCUGGGUAUAUAGGCCAGGAGAGGACACAGAGCCGGAAGAGGAUUCAGAAGCAGCUAACUCUGAGCCAAGUCCCUCCCUUCAGGCUCAGAGCACCCUCCACCGGGGCUGGACAUACCGGCCUGGAGAGGACACAGAGGGAGGGGAAGUUGCUGAGGAGUGGGGAGAAGCUGAGCCCUGCCCCUUCCGAGUGGCCAUCUAUUUACCUGGGGAGAAGCCACCACCUCCCUGGGCUCGUCCUCGGCUGCCCCUCCGACUGCAGAGGCGACUCAAGCCCACAGAAACCCCCACCCGGCAUCCAGACCCUGAGACUCCCCUAAAGGCCAGAAAGGUACACUUCUCUGAGAAGGUCUCUGUCCAUCUCCUGGCUGUCUGGGCAGGACCGGCCCAGGCCGCCCGCCGGGGACCCUGGGAGCAGCUCGCCCGGGAUCGCAGUCGCUUCGCCUGGCGGAUUGCCCAGGCACAGGAGCAGCUGGGCCCCUGUCUCACCCCUGCCGCCCGGGCCAGGGCCUGGGCCCGCUGUGGGAACCCUACCCCUCCUCUGGCCGCCACACCUGCUCCUCCCCAGAUCUCACCAUUGUCCUCCAUCCAGGCCACACCCUUGAGCCAUGUUGGGGCAUCUCCCUCCACUCCUGUGUCCCCGUCUCCUUGCCUGGACCUCAGUGGGAGGAGUGGCUAAGAUCAUGGAGUUUCCUGUUUCUAUUAGCUAUUUAUUUUGGGGGGGUUGUUAUAUAUAAGAAAUAAAACCUGCUGAUUUGUAGCAAAGC